UAAAAUUACUGCUACACUACAGCUAUUGGUAAAUACUCCCACUAAAUAAAUCGUAGGAUGUUGCGACUUCCAUUGUUUAGAUCCAUUGUUAAUGUGUCGCAAAGAAACCAGUUCUAUUCGAAUGUUAAUAUAACUUCGUUAACUCAUAGUUUAAAGAAUUUGGCUAAAUUGCCACCAAAGCUGGGAUGUACUAAAUAUCUAACAUCUAAUGUUGAAGUUUUAGAGUCAUCAUUCGGACCAAAUAUAUUCCGAAAAUUAGUGUAUAAAAGAGUGUUUAAUCAAAUGAGAAAUGCUUCGCGCAAUGAUACAUGGCAACGUUAUAACAGAUACUAUAAUCUGGGAAAUUCAAAUUGGAAUAAAUUAAAACGUCCAGCUAUAUUUACAGUAUUAUUCUGUGUUGGAACUACACUUGCUGUUCCUUAUGUAUUUCAAUAUACUCCUUUGGCAUAUUUUAAACGUCAUCCAGAUUAUUUUGUUAGAGGUUUAAUGGCUUUAAAUGGUAUAGUAUUCUUAUUAUGGAAAUUACCAGGUGCUUGGACAUAUUUAAAUCGUUAUGCCUUACUUCAUAAAGAUGGUUUAACAUCUACUUGGUCAAUGUUAGGUUCAGCAUUUUCUCAUCAAAACUUUAUGCAUUUAUUUAUUAAUAUGUUUGUCCUUCAAUCAUUCGGAACUUCAUUAUGUGCUACAUUAGGAACUUCUGUUUUUACAGUUUUAUAUCUUAACUCAGCAGUUUUAUCAUCUUUUGCUUCUUUAGCUAUUCCUCAACUUUUAAGGAUGUCAACAUCUGUUGCUUCUUUAGGAGCAUCUGGUGCUAUAUUUAGUAUAUUUGGAGCUUUCUCAUACUUAUUCCCUCAUACUCCUAUUGCCUUCUUUUUCAUUCCAAUUCCAGGAGGAGCUUGGUUUGCAUUUAUAGGGGCUGCAGCAUGGAAUGUGGCCGGUAUAAUAGCCAGAUGGGGUGCUUAUGAUUAUGCAGCUCAUCUUGGAGGAAGUAUAGUUGGUGUAUUAUUUGCAGCUUACUAUAAGAAGAAAGCUCAAGAAAGAAGAAGAAGAGUCACAUAUUUCUAGAAUUUAUCUUACAGGGAAAGGUAUAUUAAAAGUAAAUAUCCUCAUAUAUAUUGUACAUAGGAAAAUAAUACAUGGU